AUGACCGAGCGAGCGAUGCCGACCCGCGGCCCAAGCCGGUUGAGCCAUGCGAGUUUCUUUGGUGUGAUGCGGUCUUCACAGGACAUUCGCAGCCGCAUCAACACCCGCAAACUGUCGACCAGCGUCAUCAUGGUCGUGCAGCAGCGCCAGAAUCGGUGGACCAUCGACGCAGAGUCCACGUGGCUGAGCGUGUGGAACUUGGUGCUCAUGGUGGCCAUCUUCCACGCCGUCUUCUGCGUGUCGUUCUUGCUGUCGUUCCAACUCCACGACGACGUGGCUGCGACCCACGUCCGCCUCGACGUCCUCGAGUGUCUCUUUGUCAUUGACAUUUUCGUCAACAUGCACACAACUUUCUACAAGAACGGCAACGUCGUCAUGGAGCUGUGGCGCACACGAACCAAAUACGUGUGCUCGACGGCGUUCAUCUUGGACUUGGUGCCGUUGCUGCCCCUGCGGCGCUGCUUCUUCCUCGACCCGGUUGAUCCCAUGGCAAAGUUCGUGGACCUGGUCAAGUUGCUAAGACUCGUUCGACUGCCCAAGUGCAUUCUGCACGUCGAUCGGCUCUUCGCCAAGUACUUUGCCAUGGUCAAACUCGUCAAGAUCGUCGCGGCGUGCGUGGCGGUGUCGCACGUGUUGGCUUGCAUGCGGGGUUGGUUUUACCCCAACCAACACCACAACCAACACCGGCGCCGCCUCUCGGGGUCGUCUACGGCCGCAGAUCCGUGGCUCCCCGUCCCGAGCACGUCCCCCGGGCUAGAGUACCUGGCGUCGGCAUUUUGGUCGUUCGGUUUGCUUUCGGGCCUGUUUGAAGGGGAAGUGCCCCACACGAUCAACGCGUGUCUUCUCACUUUGGUCGUCAUGUUCUCGGGGGUGUUUUUGUUCCCGUACAUUUGCGGCACGUUCUUCAUGAUCUCGAAAUGCUCGUCGCAGCACACGGAAGCGUUCGACGCCAAGCGCAACCAGCUCAAGUACAUCCUGGCGUACCAUCGUGUGCCUGCCGACGUCCAGCAGCGCGCAAUCGAGUACAUUGAGCACGAACACAACACGGGCGAUGCCCUGGACCGGCAAUACUUAAACCAACUCACGCCCAGCGUCGUGCGAGACAUCAAGGUCUCCGUGUACGAGAAGAUGCUGUCCCAUGUGCCGCUCUUUCGGCCGUGCGGUCCCCACUUCAUCCACGCGCUGGUGGCGCUGAUGGAAACGACGUCCGUGCCAGCCAACUACGUGCUGUGCCGCGAGGGCGACGAUGCCGACGCCAUGUACUUUGUGCAGACGGGGGUGUUGCAACUCACGAGCGCCCAGGCCGCCGUCGAGCCCAAGGAGCUUCGAAAGGACAUGUACUUUGCCGAGCUUUGUCUCGUUGUGCCCAAACAACGCAUUCACACUGUCACAACCGCCACGUUUUGCGUUUUGCAUGCGCUGACGCGAACCAGUACCGCCGUGGUACUGGCGGCGUAUCCGCAUUGGGCCGAGCGGAUCCGAGAAGCAGCCGCAAAGAUGCUGGCGCUGGACACGAUGCGAAGGACACUCCAUUCCCCAGACGACGCCGCCGCAGCCGCCGCCAUUGCAGCAGCCGCGGUGGUGGUCAAGCGGUCCAAGUGGCCGCGGCUGCUGCGCCACCACACGAUCCACCGCCACGGACGCAGGCGGUUCAUGUGGCUUAUAUGUCUCCAAGCGAUUCAGCUGCACCACGCCGUGUCCAUUCCGUUGCACAGUUGCUUUCCAGCGAUUUACUUUUCAGCCACCCUCACUAUCGUCAACACCAUCGCAGAUCUGUGUUUGUGGUUAGACAUGUACGCCAACUUGCACUUGAGCUACGAUCACGACGCCGAGCACAUUGUGGACGUCCAGCAAUGCGCGCGGCACUACCUCCACACCAAGGCCCCAUUGCACGUGAUCUCGACGCUGCCGUGGUGGGUGUUUGCCCCCAGCUACCACACAGUCCUUCGACUCCCCCGCUUGCUUCGGCUAUGGGACUUUACCAGUCAACUCGACGAGAUCUCCCACCACGUCACGUUGGAUGGCCCCAAGCGCACCGUCCUCCUCUGCCUUCUCCUUCUCAUCACGUACCACGUAACAAGCUGUCUGUACUUUUGCAUGACGCAGGUCGACGGGUACAGUUCGCGGCCUGGACAAGACUGGCUGCCGCCUCUUGCGUUCAAACUGUCGCCUUGGAACGACACACACAUGGUCGAUGGACUGAACCAAAUGCACGAGAUCGGAUCACCUUCAUACGUUGAGAUCAUAUGGAGCCAGUACUCGCACUCGUUCUACUACGCCGCGUCGGUAAUCACGUCCCUCGGCCGAGGGAUCGAACCCGACAGCGUGCAUCAGUACAUGUUUCACUACCUGUUUAUGGUGUUUGGGUUUGUCUUCAUGGCGUACAUCAUCGACGAAGUGCAAAAAGGCAUCACGGCGUCGGCGGUUGAACAAGUCGCGUUCCUAAGUCGUCGGUCCAACAUCCUGUGGUUCCUCCAACAGCAGCAUGUGCCUCCCCGUAUCCACCGGCGCGUGAAUUCGUUUCUCGAGUUCUGGUGGAGCGCCCACCGAGGGGCUGACGUCAACGCCCUCGUCGCCCCCCUCCCCCUACAGACGAAGCGAGACAUCCUGUCGCAUGUUUGCCACGCCGUCCUCGGUCGGUUUCGGCUUUUUCACGAUGACGACAGCGCCUUGUUCAAGACAAUGUCGACUGAGUUUGUAGACGCGAUCCACAUUCGACUGUACGGCCAGGGCGAAACCAUCUUCUCCGCGGGGGACUUUGCCAAUGGCGUGUACUUUCUCGUCGAAGGCCGCGUGGCAGUCCACACGACACCGCCCCAGAGGGUGGCCAAGGGUAUGGCGUUUGGCCUAGCGGCCUUUUCCGAAGGAACGACCGUGUUUUACGAACAUACGACCGUGGCGCUCAGCGGAUGCAUCGUGGCCUUUCUGCCCCACGGGGGCCUUCGAACGCUGCUGCAUCUGGUGCCAACAUUCCUGGACGACUUGCGGAGACCGCCAGCCGACACGUCGCAUCGAGGGAUGGCCUCCCAGAUGAGUGUCAACCACACCAAUAGUCGAUGGCCACUCUUGACGCAGCCCCCUGAGUCAACGGCCAUCGAUCCGGACGCACCCGUCGUGCUCGUGUGGGAAGUGUGCAUGUUUGUCGCCAUGAGUUACCAAUGCAUUGGCGUGCCAUUUCGCAUGACAUUUGGCCCAGCCCAUGAGCUGUCGGAUUCGGCGGACAGCGUGGUCAUGGCGCUUGAGAUUCUCUUUCUGCUGGACAUGGUGCUUCGGCUGCACUUGGGGUACUACGAAUACGGCAACAAAGUGAUGGACCGGCGGGGAAUUCGGCGGCGCUACGUGCGGUCUGUGGCGUGUCUGUUGGACGUGGUGGCGAUCGUGCCGCUGCAAGUGGUCAACUGGGCUGCGUCCAGUGACCUCCAGUCCGAGUCGUGGAACGCCAACAAGCUCGUGCGCAUGUACAAACUGUCGUCGAUGCUGUCGCGGUUCGAGCAGCGAUUUGUCACGCUCAACAUCCAAGUGCGUCUGUUCCAGCUGCUGUUUUACACGUUCUUUCUCAGCCAUUGGGUCGGGUGCCUCUGGUAUAGCUUUGCGUCCAACACGACCGACCUAGCCGGAAACAACAACGCGACCACGACAACAACGUUUGGGCUGAAUCCGUGGUUGCCCCCCGCCGCGCUCGAAAACAACACAAUCACAUUCCAGUACUACGCGGCCCUCUUUUGGGGCUUCGGGACCAUGUCGGGAUGCUCCCCUCGGAACCUGCCUACCACGACCGUCGAGCGGUUCUUCAACGUGUUUGUGAUCCUCGUGGGGGUAUUUCUGUUCUCGUACGUACUGGGCAAUUUGGCCGACAUCGAAAAGGUCGUGGACGGCAACAACCGCGACUUUUACGCAAAGUUGAGUACGUUGCGGCUGUUCCUGACCAAGUACAAGUUUCCCCUCGAAGUGGAGAAGCGCAUCAAACACUAUUUUUUCUACCAAACAUUCCAUUCCAUCCACCAAGAACCGAUCCUCAGCGCCUGUCUACCGCCGUCGCUCGUCACGGACACGCGCAUGUUUCUCCUGCAGCCCAUGAUCGACCAAGUCAAUUUCCUCCGAGGCACCGACGCCCCCUCCCGCCAAGCCGUUCGCAUGGUCGUGUCGCUGCUUGUUCAGCAGCUCAUUCCCCGCGGUAAAAUCAUUUGCAAACAAGGCGACGUGGGCCUUGAAAUGUACUUUGUGUUUGCGGGUUGUCUGGACGUCCUUGUCACGGAGACCGCAUACGGGCCGCCGCCGCCGCCGUCCUCCUCUGCCAUCACCCCCCUGAAGACUGCCAAGCUCCCCAAGGCGCAAUCCUUUCAGACCCAGCUCAUGGAGUCCAUCGUCCAGCGAUUUCAACGGUCCCCGGUGAAUCCUGCGGCUUCGACACGCCCCACCUUUCGUCGGUCCGUGAGCAUGCGUUUCAGCGACGCGUCGUCGUCACUGCGGUCGACCAGCGGGACGGUCCACGUCAAAGUAAACGAGAUCCUCCCGGGAAGUUACUUUGGCGAAGCGUCACUGUUUUCUGACAAGCCGCGCAACGCCAACAUCCAGGCACGCACGUUUUGCACCGUGUACACGCUGUCGCGCCAGCAUUUGCACGCCGUGUUCAACCUGCAUCCGACGUGGAAACAAACCGUCCUGAACAUCGUCAACGGAUGCCACAAUAAGCGCCAGAACCAGCAAAUCGUCGCGAAGGUUGGCCACACCCUCACGGCGUCCGUCAAAGCGAAAACGCGCGUGGCCUUAGUGGUGCCGAAAGUCGCUCGAAAUGUCAGCACGUCCAUCCUGGCGAACAUCAACGUUCUCUAUACCAAGACCACGGCCACCGUAGUGACCCAGCGCUGGCCCCUCAGGGCCCUACUGCAAUACGUCGAGCGCAUCGAAGUGCAGUCGCCGCUAUACAUCCGAUGGCUUCAACUGCUCUCCGCGUGCAUUGCGUACCAAGCGCUAUACAUUCCGUACACGAUCUGCUUCGAUGUGGUCGUGGUCUCAGGGGCGGUGACCCAAACCACCACGAUCCUCAAUGUCGCCACCGACUUGGCGUUUCUGUUUGACAUGUGGUUCCGCCUACAUCUGGUGGCCAAUGACACGUCGGUCGAGUUUUACGAAGACCCGAUCGUGGGCCCUCACAGCUAUCGGUGGCCAGCCAAGUGUGUCGACCUGCUUAGUGUGUUGCCCCUCGACUACUUGGGCCGUGCGGCGCUAGACAACUCCAGAGAUGACGGGCGAUACCAUCACGUGCUGUACUUUUUGCGCAUGAACCGACUCGCCAAGCUGCUUCGGCUGCCCCACGUCCUCAGUGAAAUUACCCGGCUGUCCCUGGCCAACGACCUCAACUUUCUACGAAAACUCGUCGCUGUCUACGUGUGCAUAAUCUAUUGGAUCGGAUGCCUCUACUUUUGCAUGACGUACGUCGAUGGAUACGGCGACACGUGGCACUCGUGGCUCCCCGUGGACGAGUUUGAAGCGACCAACACGACCGCCAACGACCUGCACCGCCUCGUCCGCGCCAUGUACUUUUCCACAGGCAUCUUCACCAACACUGGCGUGACGCUGCUCCCCACAACUGUGUACCAGUACGUGUUUGUGAUCGCCGUGUGCCUCUUCUGCCUCUUCGCCACGUCCUACUUCAUCGGCCAAGUGUCGACUAUGUUUGUGUGCCUAACGCAACACGAAGUGGAGUUCCGCAUCAACGAAAUGUACACCGAGGCAUACCUGACCCGCACACCCCUCAAGGAUACCCUCCGCCUCCGCUUGUACAAGUACCUCAACUACUGGUGGCACGCCCACCGCGGGGUCCGCCAUGACGACAUCCUGCAGGAGCUGCCGCCUGAAAUCAAAGGCCAGGCCAUCGUGUGUUUGGCCCACAGCGCCCUGACGACGUUUGUCACGACGUUCUUUGCCCCACUGCGAGGCGAAUCAACUGAACUGGACAUGCUCCGGUUUCGCAUUGCGUGUUGCGUGCGGUUGGAGAUCUACCCACACAACGAAUACGUGGUGGUCGAAGGUGACAUUGCACGCACCAUGUACUUUGUCGUGUCUGGCAGCCUCCUCACCACGCACCACAACAACGACAGCACCAUCCACCGGUACCGCGAAGGGCACUACUUCGGGGAAACCAACUUCCUCACGGCGCCGUCCGCGCCGGUGUCUGUCAAGACUUUGCGGGCAUGUGAGCUCCUGGCGCUCACCGCCACGGGCCUCGUGAACGCAAUGGAAGGCGUGCCGCAUUUCAAGGCGGCGUACCACAUGGUGCUCAAGAUGUACGGCGAUGGACACAAGGACGCCGUGGCCAUGGAAGCCAUCGGGACCACGCUGCGGCACCUCAACCCGACUUUCCUGAGCGGCAACGCGCCGACCACCGACCGCGAUUAUUGGGAUGCAUUUCGACGGUUUCUGCAUUUGGUGCACACGUCGCACGCCAAGGAGAUGGAGAUGGAUGUGUCCGCGUCGUACAAGUUCCUCGACUGUUCGUGCUGCCACGGCGCCACGGCGACUGUCCUGUGUCCGAUCUGUCGCGCCAAUUUCUGCACCGGAUGCAACUUCCUCGUGCAUCUAAACACCGAGCGAGAAGCCCACUUGGACGAAACCAAACCCAUCCAUGUCGCCCGCCGAUUGUUCACCAUGUACUAUUUUGCCAAACGGUGGAAGCUUCGCGCCCAACGAGCCCUCGCGAUUCGUCGAGGUGAUACGAAUGGAGGCGGCGCCAUCCCCGCCCUACAUGGCAACACACAGAACAGCACAGGUGCAUCGAUGGCACUGUUGCUUCAGGAAGGCAUUGGGCUUGAUGCCACUCCCGACGUGACAGUGAAAGUUCGGAAGGCUGACCGGAAGAAAACGCAGCAUGGCCAGAAUUUGUGCAGCAAAAGGCCGCGACGGUCGCGUCUGGGUCCAAGUCCAAGUGUGUCCACCGUCCUCAUGUCGUCAACUAGUUCGCUAGCGCCUGGAAUCAUGUCUAUUCCCAGCACGUCGGACAUUCCGUCGAACGCGGCAGCAGUACGGCCGCUGCCGUCAAAAUUAGCGGACACUUGAUGGUGGAUGUAAUACAGUUACUAGUUCAGUAGUACUCUAACUUACGAACACUUGACUGUAAAUUGAGUUUUGAAAUACUG